AUGACGAUUCAACUUCGUAUGAUCGUUAAGAAAGUAUUUAUGUCCUGGAUAUCUUCACAUAGAUGGACUGAUGAAGACCCAGCUUCGCGGCAAGCUUGCACUCCCUAUCAGACACCCGAACUUGCGAUACGCAUCAAAUCGGGCCUACGGAAUCCCUUUACGGCCCACUCGAUCCCGACAUGUCUUGUAGAACCAGCGAGACUCUUCCUACCUUCUCUUCGGACUCGAACCAACAGACAGAGGCGUCAGAAGGGAAGGCCGGAGCUUCCAAGGUCUCUAAUGACCCAGAAGCGACUGCGUCUGAGGUUGGAAAUGACGACGAUCCGUUUGUUCCAAAAAGCUAUCACUGUUUUCGGCAUAAACUUGGGGAUGGGCCACGUGUAUGAGGAACAGAUUGACAUCUCCUCUCGAUCCGACCCACAGGAUAUGUUCGUCUCCAACUUGGCUCUUCUCAAAAGAAUCUUAAAAUGCUGUCCUCGGGUCUUGUACGGAAACAAUGUGACGGCAGAAUGUGGUCAUGUGGCGAUACUGGCAGAGUACAAGGCAGCUCACUCGAACGCGCCUCUUCGAGAAGAAGACAUGGACCAAGGAACUUUCUGGUGCCUGUUCGAUUCUCCCAGCGGUCGUUGGAAACGGGGGACCGGAUGGGGCCAGCUGCUAUACUGGCGUCGCGACAAUUUGGGCGCCUGA